AUGAUGAGCAACCCCCCAUCAUGCGGGAGGCAAAUGGAAGUAAACCGUGAAAACGAUGAGGAGAGGCGAUGGAAGAGGGUGAGAACCCUUGAAUCCAGUCUAGGCUAUUCCAACUUGGCCUUUCAGGGUGACCGGAGAAAAUAUAGCCAAGACGUACACGGAGCUGUGAACCCCAAGUUGCCAAUUGACGGGUUCGAAUCUGCCAAUCACCACCGCAAGCGACGACUACCAAGCGUAGGGCGCUCGCCAGGCGUUCAAGGUUCGACUCCUCCAAGAGAGUUCGGAGUGAGCAGAAGCGUCCCAGCUCUGCUGCCGUCUGAGGAACAAUCGAUGCCUUCGUGGGGACAACCAGCCGCUAUUUUGGGGUAUGGGAACCUUCCUCAAUUGCCUGGAACGCGACAAGAAGAACAAAGCAAUCGCUGCUUGGAAGGUCCGCAAGAAAGCAGCAUGGUCGAGACUACUGUAAGCGGCGUCGUUCGUAAACCCAGUAUGGACUCUUCGCUUUCUUGGAAGGAGGAACUAUUAGGUCAACCAUCGCGCGGAUUUCUCCAGCAUGCAGAACGGACCGUACUGUCUCCUGAACGUUCGUCCAAAUCACACCGAAGUCGAGUUUUUUCUCGCCUUCAACCUAGCGUUCCGAGCGGGCCGGAGUGCGGGGACAAUCGCGACGUCGAUUCGAAUGGAGAUGUCGGCAUGACACCUUGCGAUAUGUUGGGAGCGGCCGAGGGUACUUCGAGAAAAUCGUUCGGUGCUCUCUCAAAAGAUCUACCGACGAAUCGAGAUAUCUUACCAUACGACUUUGAAAACCGAGACUCACGAAGGUUGGUUGUGAAAAGCUUGCCUUCAGGGAAGAAACUGCGUACCGUUCGCGCCGGCCGUUGCAGAUCGCUUGUGUCACCGAACAAUCCGUUCACCUCUAAUGCGGUAGUUGCGCGGGUGAGGCAAGGGUUCAAAAAUGGAGAGGAUGAAACACGGUCCAAGGUGCUGAUCGUCGGGUCCGGAACGUUCAACCCUGUGCACAAGAUUCACAUCCGCAGAUUCUACCUGGCAAGGAACUAUUUGGAGAUGCAGAAAGGGGCAAGUAUGCGCGUCGUGGGUGGGAUUGUUAGUCCGUCGCACCCGACACUAGUCCGUCAACGUCAUCGCGUAAGAGCGGCCGAGAUAAUCCCACCGAAGCAUCGGCUCUCCAUGGCACGUGCGGCAGUAGGAAAGGGAAGUUGGCUGGCUGUCGACUCGUGGGAGGUGACACGCAAGAGAAUUAUGGACUACAUGAGCGUUCUCGAGCACGUCAAAGAGGUCUGCCACGAGACUUUUCCUGGGCAUGCUGGCGAUAUUACAAUACUAUACAUGUGCCAGGCAUCCCAGGUGAUGACGUUCUCCUCCCACUUGCACCUGCGGCUGCUCAUAGUCUCGAUGUUUCCCGCAUCAUCUUUUCUUGUUUGA